CGGCGCGGUCCCGGUUCGAUCCCGGUUCGACCCCGGUUCGAUCCCGGCGCGGUCCCGGUUCGAUCCCGGUUCGAUCCCGGCCCGGUCCCGGUUCGAUCCCGGCCCGGUCCCGGCCCGGCUCCCCCCGGGUCCAUGGAGCCGGCCGAGGUGGAGUUCCUGGCCGAGAAGGAGCUGGUGACGAUCGUGCCCAACUUCAGCCUGGACCGGAUUCACCUCAUCGGGGGGGAUCUGGGUCCCUUCAAUCCUGGCUUGCCAGUGGAAGUGCCCGUGUGGUUGGCCAUUAAUCUGAAGCAGAGGCAGAAGUGUCGGCUCAUUCCCCCGGAGUGGAUGGAUGUUGGGAAGCUGGAGGAAAUCCGGGAUCAGGAGCGGAAAGAGGACACCUUCACUCCCAUGCCCAGUCCCUACUACAUGGAGCUCACCAAGCUGCUGCUGAACUAUGCCUCUGACAACAUCCCCAGGGCGGACGAGAUCCGGACGCUGGUGAAGGACACGUGGGACACGCGCAUGGCCAAGCUGCGCCUGUCCGCCGACAGCUUCGUGCGGCAGCAGGAGGCUCACGCCAAGCUGGAUAACUUAACCCUGAUGGAGAUCAACAGCACCGGGACUUUCCUUACCCAAGCCUUGGAUCACAUGUACAAGCUCCGGACUAACCUCCAGCCUGGCGAGAGCUCCCACUCCCAGGAUUUCUGACAGGGAGCUGGGAAGGAGCUGCAGCUCCUGGGCAGCUCCCACCUCCCUGCAGGGACCUCCAGCCUUCAAAUCUCCCCUCAGGGCCAGCUGGGAAUUGCCCUGGAGCUGCUGGAGCAUCCCCAGAGCCUCGGUGCAGGCCCCCCCGCCACCCCCGGGGGGUUUUUUGCCCUCCCUCCCCCUGGGGUUUUUAUUCUCCCCCCUGGGGUUGUCCCCAUCCCCCCUUGGGGCACUUUUGUCCCCCCUCCAUUUUUGUCACCCCCCAAAACCCAACACCCAGCUCCCCCAGAACACAACCUGUCCAUGUCCCCUCCCCACCCCACAGGGACAUCUCGGUGUCACCUCCCAACCCCGGGGGUCCCACCCUCCUGUCCCUCCCCCCCUCCCCUAUUUACAGCUCUGGGAUGUGGCACCGAGGGUGACACAGGACGCAGGGUGAGCCUGGGGACAUCAGCUCUGUGUCACUCUGUCCUGUCUGGAGUCACCGUGCCCUGUCCUUGUCCCCGUCCAGGUGCCCCCCCAGUGUCCCAGCUUGGUGCCACCACAUCCCCUCACCUGUGGCACAACUCCUGUGACCACGUCCUGCCCAUGAAACACUCCCUGUGUCCCCUGGCAGGGUGGCACUUGUCCCCUGUCUGUGGCACAGUCCCUGUGUGGCUCACUGUCAGUGUGUCCCCAUGUCCUUACAGGGCACCAACAUUGUCCAGCUGUCCCCACCACGGUGUCCCCUUAGGGCAUGAAGAUGCCCCAGCUGUCCUUGUGUCCCCAAGUCCUGGUGCCACUUCCCCAUGUCCCCUGGGGCACAAAGAGCGGGCAAUGCCACUGUCCUCAUAUCCCCUGGGCAGGCAGUGCCACUGUCCCCACAUCCCCUGGGGUACGAAGAGUGGGCAGUGCCACUGUCCCCAUGUCCCCUGGGGCACAAAGAGCGGGCAAUGCCACUGUCCUCAUGUCCCCUGGGGCAGUGCCACUGUCCCCAUGUCCCCUUGGACACAAAGAGAGGGCAGUGCCACUGUCCUCGUGUCCCCCGGGUUGGCAGUGCCUCUGUGCCCAUGUCCCCUGGGGCACAAACAGCAGGCAAUGCCACUGUCCCCAUGUCCCCUGGGUGGGCAGUGCCACUGUCCCCAUGUCCCCUGGGGCACAAACAGGCAUGCCACUGUCCUCAUGUCCC